AUGGCUCGAUAUGAUUAUUCCCCCGAAUGGGAGAACGAGCUUGAGGGUAACCUCGACUUUGAGCUUUACGACGGGAUGAAUGACGAAAUGCAGCGUAUCGUGCAAAUGGCCGGCGACAACACCACUCUAGUUUACGAGUUGAUAUCGCAAGAGAUACAAAAUAAGAAAGACCAAGGCCUCAUACACGAAAAGACAUAUUCCCACGGCAUGUUUCAUGAACCGAUGAUCGCCUAUCAGACGCCUCGGAAAAUUAGCGUGGAUGAAGUGCGGAAGUUCGCAGAGCCUAUGAUCGCUCGUAUCUGGAAGAACUUCUAUGAGCUACAGAGUAUUGUCGAACGCUACGAAGCAUCUAUUCAGGAUAAAUGGGAAAAUAAAUCUGAGGCGGAGAGACGGGAUGUAUUGAACCAAGCUUGGGGUUUAUCACCGCCGAUGGCUCCUGAGCAUCGACCUGACUUGACGCACCUAAAACACCAAUGCAUCGGGCUCGUAUGCAACGAGGGCAACAUCACUAAUGUCUCGAAGCGGCCCCAUUUCUUGUGGCCUAAUAUCAACCUCGAGGAUCUCAGCAAGACAGAGCCAUUCUUACUCUUGCUUAACGCUCGAGGUAGGAAUCCGCCGUCGACAUUUGCCUUCGCCGAGCUCGAACCGCUCGUAUUUGGUAUUAAAUCCGGUUCUUUGCGCAUACCUCCGUUUCUUAACGGAUGGAAUAUGAGAUUUACGGGUAGAGAUAGUCCUGGCACUUACGGAGAGCUAGUCUCCUGGGAAGAUGAUCCCGAUGCACGUCAACGGUUGCAUCGCCGUCGUGAUGUGAGCCCUGGCGAAGGACUCUGGAUCCUCGAGAUACAGGACCGUUUGUACCAAUUCUUACUCGAUACAUGCAUGAUGAUCCUUCACGACUUAGACCCAGAAGACAAACAGAGUCAAGUCGAGCCGAAGCCCCCCGUCUCGAUCACCAAGUACAAAGGCGAUGUUGCUACCUCUCUCUUAUUCUCUCAAUACGAGUCUAUUUACCACGUACCCGCAAACUUUGAUAUUAAACGGCUUCAGAGCCUAAUCGGAGCCAAGCUAUCUCAAGUUGAAGAUACAAUAUGGGCAUUGCGCGAAGAUCCUGGGUUUUUCGUCUCUAGCCUCUUGGAGCUGUACCAACACCGCCCCGAGCAUAUCCUUGACGUCAACGGUGAUAUAUAUCCAUCUGUAGCAACUGAAGAUGGCCGUGAAGAAGUGUUAGCUUCUACCGUUCGUUCUAUGCUAAGUUACUACGUGCCCGUUAUCGAGACUUGGGGCUACAUGUACGACCUAGUCAACCGCCUCGCCUCGCUGAAAGAAGAGCUUUUCGAUCGCGUCGAGGCCGAUACGCGGCCGGAAGAUGACCUACCACUUGACUUAGAAGUAGCAUUUCGCUCAUUGAGGCACCAUCUAGACCAUUUCCUGAAAGAGCAUCUUCCCGCAGCUAAUAGGUGGGCGCGGUGGUCACCACCCAUCCAGCCCCUAUACCGAUUGAACGUGCCCGAAAGCCCCGACGCAAAGAUGAGCAUCACAACUGGUAGCACCGAGCCGAACCCGAUAGAAGCUGUUUACCUUUGGGUGUUGCACAUGAUGGCCGACCCGACCAACCUGAAAGACAUUGGACUCAACUCUUGCGUUCAAGAGGUAGAGCGUAUCGCCCAUGAUCCGGAAGGCCGGAAGUUCUUUACACCCUUUGUGGCAGAGCAGUUUUCCGAUAUUUUCGUCAUGGCCGAAAGUAUACGGCAGAUCGGGCUCUUUCAGCCGUGGGCAGCAACGUUCGAAACCCAAAUAAAAGACAAGGGUGCGCGGAGGCAAAUAUCUGACGAGUUCAAACGUACUGCUAGGGCCCUGGAUCCCUUAUAUAAACUUGAACUGCCAAGUAGUGCGGGAAAGCUCGGCGCUGUGCUGACUAGAAUGAGAUAUCCGGUCGACGAACCUCUUAGCGAGACUAAUGUUGAGGCCAUGCGGGCGGCUGAGAAAACUCUGGAUACCUUUUGGGAUGAGGUAAUAAACCAACUCCGACAAGAUGGGCUCUGGAGUGGACGCGUAAAGGACGUGCUUGAAAAAGAGCCUGAGCGGAAACGGCGGUGGGUCGAGCCGUCUGAUAGUAUUAGAGGAGAUACAACUGGCAAAGUUGAUGACCCCUAUUCAUCGAAAGUAAAGCAACAGCAACAGCAACAGCAGCAGCUCCCAUUAAAAAUUGACGAGCGCGCAAGAAAAGUCUUCACCGCGCUUUUCUACGUGCCAUCCACAACUACCCGACCCUCAUCACAGGAGGGAAUAUCGUGGCAAGACUUCCUCUACGCCAUGCAUCACGUCGGUUUCGAGAUCGAGGAGCUUGGCGGGUCGAACUGGCACUUCACCCCCGGACCUACGUUGCUAGAUCAAAACCAAGGAUAUACGCGCGCCAUCCAGUUCCACGAGGCGAAGAUAACGUCUCUUAUGGCGAGGAUGUACGGUAGAAGACUUGCUAGGACAUAUGGGUGGCGUGGUGAGAUGUUUACUGGAGAAGAAGAUGGUGGCGAAUAA